AUGGAGCUAUUGAUGCAGCGCAUCAAUGAGCACAUCCGUGUAGAGGACGAUGCGACGGCGUCCACCGCGAAGACAAAUCAGGUGGCAACAGACAAGAGGGUGGCUGGAAAAGUCCACGCGGUCGGACAGGAGACAAAUCAUCCACAUGAUUGCGCAAGGGAAUCAGACUGCGGUCCGAAUUGUAGGAACCGGGGUAAAAGUCGUCGCAACGACCGAACAGAUUAUCCUUGCGAUGAGGCAGCAGAUGCACACAGAAAGUUAAACGCUCGGACGGGCAUCACCACGAUUUUUAAGAUUUCAAUCUAUCGCAUACUCAGUGAAAUCCGCAACGAGGUUUACGUCCGGUUUCCUGCUAAAUUAGGCGACGGGCAAAAGGGCUUCAAUCCGUGGUACUGUUGCACAUUUCAUAAGGAGCAAGGACACCGAACGGAUGACUGCUUACCCCUGAAACAACACUUGGAGGUGUUAGUCGCCGCCGGUCACUUGGAUCGUUACAUCGAUGGGGGCAUCAAGUGGUUUGGACAACCUAGAGGCACCCCCCCAAGGAGUGGUCAACGUGAUCCACAGUAUAGUAGAGCCGGCACGGGUAUGCGAGCUCCGAUGGAUGAUCAAAAAAGCGGAACAUAUGAAGGAAGUUUUGUCAGUCCAACCAGCGAUCAAGAGAGGGACUUCGAUGUUAAGCACAUCUUGAUCGACCAAGGCAGCUCGGUCGAGAUCAUAUAUUACGACGCCUUCAAGCAGCUCAAACUUCGAGAUACGGACUUGGUUCCAGCAACUUCACCACUGGUUGGUUUUAACUCACAACCGGAGUGGCCAAUGAGAAAGAUAAUCCUGUCGGUUAAAGCCGAAUCUAUAGUCAAGCAGGUGGAAUUCUGGGUGUUGAAGGUGCCGUCGACAUACAAUUUGACCCUUGGUAGGGGAUUGUUUCACGCCAUGCAGGCGGUGGCGUCGACCUACCACCAGGUUAUGAGGUUCUCCUCAGCUACGGGGGAAGUUGAGGAGACUUGGGGUGAUCAAGUCAUGGCGAAGUAG